GGUUACAGAGCCGAAGGAGAAGAAGGGAGGCUAGGCUGAAUGGAUGAUGGGCGGUGUUGUUUGCUGUUACAGUUCAGUAUUACUACCAGCAGCACUGACACAUUUGCGUUAACGUAGGAAAACGUUUCACUUACAGUGACUUUUAGGAGCACAGAGUUACGCUCGGCAGCAAACAAGCACGACUCGCUCCGAGCGCUAGGUUAGCGUUAGCUGCCUGAGCUAAGAGUAAUAACAGACUGUCGCCUGUCGUCCAGAGAAAAGAUGCCGUUGGGUUUAAAGCCGUGCUGUGCUGUCUGCAAGACCAACUCGUCGUCUAUGUGGAAGAAGGGAAACCAGGGGGAAAUUCUCUGUAACAACUGCACGUCUAAAAGCAGCAUCACCGGAGGCUCGGGGCUGUCGGCCUCGUCCGCCGCUCAGCAGAAUAAUGGCGGGGGGAAGCAGUCUAAGCAAGAGAUCCACAGGCGGUCAGCACGCCUAAGAAGCACCAAAUACAAGGCCCCUGCAUCCGAGAAGAAAGUCUCGACCAAAGGAAAAGGGAGACGACACAUUUUUAAACUAAAAAAUCCUAUCAAAGCUCCAGAGUCUGUGUCCACAAUCAUCACUUCAGAGUCAAUCUUCUACAAGGGUGUUUAUUAUCAAAUAGGAGAUGUCAUAAAAGUAAUAGAUGAAGAGGAUGGUAAACCUUAUUUUGCACAGAUCCGUGGUUUUGUUCAAGACCAGUACUGCGAAAAGAGUGCUGCAUUAACCUGGCUGAUCCCUACCCAGUCCAGUCUAAGGGAUCAGUUUGAUCCUGGCACAUACAUAGUUGGUCCAGAGGAGGAUUUGCCAAGGAAAAUGGAAUACCUUGAAUUUGUCUGCCAUGCUCCAUCAGAGUAUUUCAAGUCAAGAAGUUGUCCGUUUCCAACAAUACCUAUUCGUCCGGAGAAAGGCUAUAUGUGGACCCAUAUUGGACCCACACCUGCUGUUACAAUCAAAGAAACAGUUAGCUGCAAUUAAGUACAAGCAUCUUUAACAGUUUAUAAUAUUAUAAACAGAGACUAAGAGUUAAGUAUUGAAUUGAGGAAAAGAGCGGUUCUCUCCCAGUCAGUCUUUUUUCACUUAAUUUAAUGGUAGCCUUAUUUUAAAGGCUUCUCCAUGAUCCCAUUCUGUGCUGGUAAAGACUAGCAUGUGUCUGGCAUACAUGGCAGUCUGCCACUAUAUUUUGGAGCUAUUGACUGUGUAGCAUGUUGAAGUACCUCAGCAUCGUCAGAGAAGAAUGUGAAGUGCUAUACUUUAACACACGACAAAACAAACGUCAAGUUGGUUGGUAUGGAGCUCAGUGACUGUGAAGAGUGGAAUCCUGUUGACUUUGCCGAGGAGCAAGGUCAGUUGUGUUGCAGAAGACAUCAUCCUUGUCAAAGCAUGGCACAAUUUAGAACAACAACAGCAUCUAUUUGCUGGGUGUCUAAAUGGACAUUUACAUUUGUAAAUAUUGUAAUGUAUGUAAAUCUUUCUUUAGAAAAUAAAGAUUCACAUUAGUUUCUCUGGGAUUAUCA